AUGUCGUCUGAGCAAGUGGCUUGGCAAGAGCCGCAUACUUCACUGUCCAAUGUCCAACAAUCAGUGUUGGGUGUUUGGUGUAGGGAGUUCAGCAUCAGUCUCCCAGAGAAGAUUGAAGCUCUGAAUGGAUGUAGUGUGAUCAUUAAGUGUACAUUUGAGAUCAAUAACACACUUGACAAAGACCUCACUGAGAGUGCUACAGGAGUGUGGUAUAAAGAUGGACAUGGCAAGAAGAAAAUAGCAUUUAACUCUAGUAUAGCGAAUCCCAAUCCCAUUAUUAGAGGAAAUAUAUCUGGAAAAUUACAUGAGAAGGACUGCACCACUAUCUUUUAUGACGUUAGUUCAAAUCACAAUGGAAAAUAUUACUUCAGGAUUGAGGGUAAUGGUGGACUGAAAUAUACCUACAAAACAGCCUCUGUUGCUAUAAAUGUCAUUGACUCUCCUCAUAACCCCACAGUGAAGUUGUAUGUGGAUCAGAAGGAGGUGCAGAGUCAGCAGGUGUUGGAGGGGAGCUCUGUGAGUCUGUCCUGCUCUGCUGAGACUCUCUGCUCCUCUCCUCCAGCAACUCUCACAUGGAGCUCCACUCCCAGACUCCCCUUCAGUCUAGAGGAGCAGCAGAGUCAAACUGAACUCAUCUCUCAUCUCAACUUCACUGCUACUCACCUUCAACACACAAUCACUUUCACCUGCACUGUCACCUACCAGCUACAGAAUGACAACAAAACAGCACACAGCAACCUCACAUUACAUGUUACAUAUGCCCCUAAAAUCUCUCUCUCAUCCAGCUGUAACAGAACUGAUGUAACUGAUGUGUGUUUGUGUGAGGUUGAUGGGAACCCCUCUCCUAAACUGGAGUGGCAUCUGUCUGGACGUCCUGUCACUAACUCUACAAACUCAUCCAUCAGUGAAGAGCGAUUGAGCAGCACAGUCUUGAGGAGCUUCAUCACUCUACAUCACUCACUCACACACACAUCCACCGUGCAGUGUGUCACCACCAACACUCAUGGCACUGCCACACAACUGUUCCAAUGGCUUUUCUAUGCUCAAGAGUCAACAGGUAUCAAUAAUUUGUCUGUGCUGAUUGGAGCUGCUGUUGGGGUUUUAGUGGUCAUGAUCUGGUGUGGCAUUACACAUAUCUAUGCACGAAGGGGGAAUAGAAAACCUUCACAAACUAGAGGAGAAGGUACUUUGCGAGUCGUUUUAACUGAUGAAGCUGGUUCAGAGGAGAAUGAAGAAGAGACUAUUUAUGCCAAUAAACUCAUGCUUACACCUGUUGGAGCCUCCACAUUGAAUUGUCCAGAAUCUCUCCAUAAUUCCUCCACUGACUUUACGAACACCAUCCUAGCUUCGUGUGAAAUCAGGUGCGACUCCUCACUUGCUGCUGACUAUGCUGCAGUCCUUCAUCCUACAGGAGUGACAAAGAGCUCUAUGGGAGGUGAUAAGGUAGAUCCCCAGAGAGAUCAAAACAUACUAGAGAGGGAAAUAAAGACAAGUGGAGUGCAGGCAAAAGGAGUGUUUUCAGGAGCAAGACAAGAACAGGUGAUCAUGAAUACAAGAGAAGUAAAGUCAAAGCAAUCUAAUGAAGAGUUGCUCACAAACUCCGGCGAAGCUUCUCAGCUUUAUGCACAAGUUAAACGUUGCAACCCAUAGAGAACUGGGGACCUAUAUAAGGUUUAGCCAAUCCUCUAUUAUUUGUUUUCUGCAAAAGAAAUAUU